AUGACACUAGAGAAAUUAGCUACAAUCGAUGAACUUCAGAAGAAACUGACCGAUGCUUAUCGAAAGGAAUUUCCAAACGAUGAACCAACUCUAUGUGCAUUUGCGCCUGGAAGAGUUAACUUAAUCGGUGAACAUUCGGAUUAUAAUGAUUGUUUUGUAUUUCCAAUGGCUAUUUCGGUUGGAACAAUGAUUGUCGGUAAACAGUUAGAUGAUACGGACGAUGAAGUAUGCUAUUUUCAAACGUUGUCUGAUGAUAUUGAAGAACCGAAAUCGUUUGAAGUCGAUCAGAAACAACCUAUUAAGCCAUUAGACUCACCCAAGUGGGGAAACUAUGUCGUUGGCGUCCUUGCUCUCUUCCUUGAACGGAUCAAACCGAAUAGAAAACUACCAUUCCGCGCAAUCAUAGCUACAUCUGUACCUAUUGGUGGUGGUCUCAGUUCAUCAGCUUCGAUCGAAGUGGCAAUGUGUACAUUUCUCGAAAUUCUUUACCAAGAUCAAUAUGCACACGAUUUACAAUUAUCAAAAGUAGACAAAGCAUUGUUAUGCUGCAAAGCCGAACAAACGUUUGCUAAUGUUCCAUGCGGAGUUAUGGAUCAAUAUGCGUCAUGUAUGGGUCAAUCUGGUCAUGCGAUAUUAAUCGAUUGUCAUGACAAUUCAUCGAGAUUAAUUCCAGUGAAUGACAAAGAUUUGUGUGUACUGGUAACGAAUUCUAAUGUCAAACAUGAAUUAACUUCAGGAAAAUUCGCAGAAAAUGUUCAACAUUGUCAAGAUGCUGCAAAGGCAUUAGGCCAUAAGAAUUUACGUGAUGUAUCCACUGUCGAAGAACUUGAAGAAGGCCGUAAGAAGAUGUCUGAAAAUGCAUUCAAACGCGCGCAUCAUGUUGUGACUGAGCGUCAACGGACAGAGGCAGGUGCUCGUGCUUUGGAAAAUAAUGACUACGAAGAAUUCGGUCGUCUUAUGUAUGAAAGUCAUGAUUCAUUAAAGAACGAUUUUCAAGUCUCAUGCGAAGAAUUGGAUCAACUUGUUGAAUUAGCACGUUCGGUUGACGGUGUAUUUGGUUCACGAAUGACUGGUGCUGGUUUUGGCGGCUGUACGGUAACAUUUGUGAAAAAAGAUGCUGUGAAUAAAUGUAUUGAAACUAUUGAAAAAGGUUACAAAGGCAAAGCGAACUUUUAUCAGUUUCAAUCAUGUGAUGGUGCUCGUCCUAUUAAUCUCAAGAAAUAG